AUGUACUCGCCGGGAUUUUUAUGGAGUUUAGUGAUUCUUGUGGCACUUGUCGGGGCCACGCCCACUCCCGGAGACGGGCGGAUUGUGGGCGGCGAGGUGACAACCAUCGGGGAAUUUCCGUAUCAAGUAUCCGUCCAGUUGAACGGACAGCACAUAUGCGGAGGAGCGGUCAUUGGAAAUCAGUUCGUACUGACGGCGGCCCAUUGCUUCGAGGAUGCCCUGAGCAACAGCGAUUACACGGUACGAGUGGGUUCCGGCGAACAUGCGAGUGGGGGCGAUGUGCUCAGCCUGCGGCAGGUGAUCACCCACGGCGACUAUAAUCCCCAGAGCCACGACAACGACCUGGCCCUGCUCGUCCUGAAAGCCAGGCUCAAUUUCACGGAGCACCUGCAGCCAGUGCCACUAGCCACAUUAAUGGAACCACCCACCGCGGACACCCGCCUUCUGGUCAGCGGAUGGGGUCACCAGGCGGAAGAGGGGGUCGGUUUCGGUGAAGAGGUGGGUGUGUCGCCGCAUCUCCGCUUCGUCGACGUGGAUCUGGUGGAGCCGGAUCAGUGCCGCCGAGCCUAUCGCCAGGUGCUGCCCAUCACCCAGCGGAUGAUCUGUGCCGCGCGUCCGGGUCGCGACAGUUGCCAAGGCGACUCUGGUGGUCCGCUGGUGGGUUUCCCGGCGGAAGAAGGUCCGGCCAGGCUCUACGGCAUCGUGUCCUGGGGACUGGGCUGCGCCAAUCCCCACUAUCCGGGGGUCUACACUAAUGUGGCUGCCUUUCGCAAUUGGAUCGAAGCCCAAGUGGCCGCCAGGGGUUGGAACGGACUUCUGGCGGGAUGGAGUGGGUUGCAAUAG